GGUGCGGCCGGCGGAGGCGGGGCCGGUUUCGCUCCUCCGAGGUCGGUUCGUCAGCGCGCUGGGCUGGCUCCUCUUGCCUCCCGCAGCCAUGGAGCGGCUGACCUUGCCUUCCGGCGGCGCCGCAGCGGUGGACGAGUACCUGGAGUACCGGAGAAUUGUCGGUGAGGACGAUGGAGGGAAACUUUUUACUCCUGAAGAAUAUGAAGAAUACAAAAAAAGAGUAUUACCUAUGCGCUUACAGAACAGAUUAUUUGUGAGCUGGCGGUCACCAACUGGAAUGGAUUGUAAGCUUGUGGGUCCAGAGACACUGUGUUUUUGUACACAUAGGUAUAAGCAACAUAAAACUGACUUUGAAACGAUUCCACAGCAACGCCCCAUCAGUCUCCCUUGCCAAGUGAGCGGCUGCGCGUGUAGGGCGUACCUUUACGUCCCUCUGAAUGGCGCGCAGCCCAUUCGCUGCAGGUGCAAGCACUUUGCGGAUCAACACAGCGCUGCGUCUGGCUUUCUAUGCAAUGCCUGUUCCAAGUGUUCGGGAUUCCAUAGUUGCUUCACUUGUGCUUGUGGUCAGCCUGCCUAUGCUCAUGACACAGUCGUGGAAACUAAGCAAGAAAGACUGGCUCAGGGAAAGCCAGUGGGACAGGAUGUCCCUUAUGCAGCAAUGGGAGGCUUAACAGGCUUCAGCUCACUGGCAGAAGGCUACUUGCGAUUAGAUGACAGUGGGAUUGCUUUUUCAUGUAUUUGGAAUACAUUUUUUUGUGAAAAUGUGAGGUGCAUGAUUGUAUUAAACUCAUGGAACAGUUACAGAAAACCCAGUUCCCAAUGGCAAAAUGUUGAUGAUGAUUGCAGCUUUGUACUUCCACGAGUCUUUCCAGCCUCUUUAUAUCUAUUAAUGCAUUUAAUCCUCACAAUAACUGAGUUAAGUGCUAUUAUUACUCUUAUUUUACAUAUAAGGAAACUCAGCACAGAGAAGAACAACAUCUUUUUCUUUGUUAUUCUGCUAAUAAGUGGUAGGGCUGGAUUCAAACCAGAAAUUGUUCAAGGCUAAUUGCUUCUGCUUGCUUGUUGUCUAUUUCUAGGGAACUACAAUGCCAUUUUCAGUGCUACAACUUUAUAAUAAAUUAAUAUUUAUGACUUCAUUUCAUUACUUCAGAAUUUUCCUGACUUAUUCUUACUCUCUAAUUUUUUUCAGAACUUUGGCAUUAUUUUUCGACAACAUUCUAUUAUUACAAAACAUUCUAUUUUUACAAAAACAUUCUAUUAUUUAGUUCAUAAUCAUGUUGAAUAUAUAGAUUAAUGUAGGAAAAAUUAAUAUUUUAUUUUUCAUUUUAUUUUUUUAAUAUAAGAUUUUACAUAUUUGACAGAGAGCACACAAGUAGGCAGAGUGGCAGGC